AUGAGUGUGUAUAGUGUAUACUAAUGCACUUACGAGUCAAAGCGUUGUCACGUAUUUUUGUAGAAUUACGGAUAUUUGAACUAAAACUUUGGUUAAGUUUUAGUGAUUUCUUUAAAAUAUUUUUAGUUAAGUUAAUAUUUAAUUCAGUGAAAACAAUUUGCUAUAAAAAUGAAUAAUAAAGUAAUACGUAUUCCACUGGGACAAUAGCGGAAAUAAAAUAUGUUCUUAUGGAAUGGCGGAAUUGCAUAUAAUUGGUAAAAUUUCGUCUGCAAAAGAUUUUAAACAACAACGACUUCUAUGCAAGUGGAGUUUUCAUGCUGGUAAUGGUUGGAAAGUUUUAAAUGGUUAUGAAGAAGGACAAACACAAGAAAGUUGUGAUUUAUAUACUAAUGAACCAAUUUGGGAUCAUCCAAUAGAUUUGCAUUAUACAACACAAACUCUUCAAAAUUCACCAAAACUUCUAUUGCAAAUAUUUUGCAGAGACGUUCACGAAAGAAUAUUAUUUACAUCUUAUGGUGUUUGUAACAUUCCUUUAUCCCCUGGAUUUCAUUCUAUAGAAUGUCACACAUGGAAACCAAUUGGUAACUGGAAAGAUAGACUUAGAGAUCAAUUUUUGGGAAUAACUCUACAGUUAAAAUCACCAAGUGUUUUAGUUAACUCUUUGGAUAGGUUUGAGUUACUUACACAAAGUAUGGGUACAGUUAAGAUCGAGUUGCAUAUACUUGCUCGGAACUUUGAAAAAUAUGGAUGCCAUUUGUAAAUAUUUAU